CGUCACUCCCCUGCAGCCACAGGUCAGCUUAAUCAAGUUUCACCGGAACACCCUGGAAUCAGUUACAAGGUAGGGAAUAAAUUAAAGAUGCUCACUAAAAAGAAAAAAAAACGUGUCAAAGAGCAGAGGGGGAAACAGAAGAUGCCGAUGACGACGACUCAGAGGAUCAGGAACCCGAGCCAAAGAAGAAAACUAAGCAGGCAAGUGAAUCAAAGAACACUGGAAGAUUGAAGAAGUUUGAGGAAGGCGAUGAAGACGGUUACACAAGGCAUAAUGUGAGGAGCACAGAGAAGAAAGGAAAAGAGACAGAAGAGGCAUAAACUACAGAAGAGAGCAGGGAUGAGUAGGACUACAAAGAAAACAAUAAUGAGUCCCUGGGUGGAAGGAAAGGAGAAAAACUCCCUGAUGUGAUCGAGACAACCAAAGAAGUUCUCUGUCAAAGUCAAGAUGGGAUCAAAGAGCAAAAACAAAAAAGGUGGAGAUCAGGAUGAGGACGAUGAGAAAAAGAAAAAGAAAGACAAGAAGAAAAAAGGCUCAGGGAAAGAUGACAGCAACGAAGACACAAAGAAGACAAAAGGGAAGAAGAAAAAGAUUGAAAACUAUGUUGAAAUCUACGAGAACGAGCUGCGCAACUACGAGCCGGAGCUGCAGGAAAACUACGAAGACGAAUACCACAAAAAAAAAGUGUAUGAGGUGGUGACUAUUACCGGGGAUGAGAAUGGAGCAGGUACUGAUGCCAACGUGUUCAUCACUCUUUUUGGAGACUAUGGUAUCACACCCAAAAUUCACCUGGCCAGCAACACAGAGAAGAAGAGUCGAACCGCUUUUGAAAGAUCUAAAACUGAUGUGUUCAGGAUUCGAACUCACAAUGUUGGACACAUAAAAAAAAUUAGGAUUGAGCAUGACAACACAGGCAUGAACGCCGGCUGGUUCCUGGACCGUGUGGUCAUCACGGAUGUCAUUCGCCCUCAUCUCAGGUUCUACUUUGCUUGCAACAACUGGCUCAGCAAAGAGGAGGGAGAUGGCCUUUUUGCCAGAGACCUGCUGGGCAGCAUGGACCAAAUGGACAUGCCCAAAUAUAAUAAAUACAUCGUUAGCGUUUUUACUGCGGAUAUGAAAGGAAGUGGAACCGAUGCGGACGUCUUCAUCAAUAUUUUUGGCGAGUUUGGGGACACAGGGGAGAGGCGUCUUGACAGUGACAAAAAUAACUUUGAAAAGGCCACAGAGGACAAGUUUACCAUUGAUGCGCCAAACUUGGGUAAAAUUAGGAAGAUCACCAUCGGCCAUAACAACAAAGGUUCGUCAGCAGGAUGGUUUGUAGAUAAGGUGAUUCUGGAUGAUAUGGGAAACAAAGUAGUGUAUGAAUUCCCCAUCAAUCGCUGGUUUGCCCUGGAUGAAGAUGACGGGAAGAUUCAGAGGGACAUUUUGGUUGGAGCCGACCAGCCGACAGGUAUCGUCUACAACGUUCAGAUCGUGACGGGAAACAUCCGAGGCGCAGGGACCAACUCUAAAAUUCACAUAGUGAUGCACGGUACGAAAGGCCUGAAGAACAGUGGAAAGGUAUUUCUGGAAGGAGGGAAGUUUGAGCGUGGACUGACAGACAUAUUUAACGUUGAGAUUGCUGCGCUCCUCAGUCCUCUGAGCAGAGUUACGAUUGGACAUGACAAUGAUGGAGUUAGCGCCGGGUGGUACUGCGAGAAGGUUGUUGUCUACUGUCCUUUCACGGGGAUAGAGCAGACCUUCCCGUGUGGCAAAUGGCUGGAUGAUGAGGAGGGGGACGGCCUGAUUGAAAGAGAGCUGUACGAGAUGGUCUCUCUCAGGCAAAGGAGGCAGAAAAAGCACCCCUGGUCCUUGUGGAUUUGGACUACAGACAUGCCCAAUGCCGGCACCGACGCAGACAUCUCUUUUCAGGUUUACGGAGAAAAGAACAAGUCGGAUGAGAUCAGACUGGACAACAAGUCUGACAACUUUGAACAGGGCCAAGUUGACAAGUUUAUGGUCGAGCUUCCAGAUUUGGGAAAAUUAACCAAACUUCGAAUCUGGCAUGAGAAGAGAAAUCCUUUUGCAGGAUGGCAUCUGAGCAAGGUUACCUUGAUGAAGACAUUAACAAAGGAGAAGUACACGUUCCCAUGCGAGCGGUGGCUGGACAUUAACGAAGACGACAACGAAGUUGUGAGGGAGCUUCCAGCCUGUGGAGACCUGAUAGCUGAGCCUCUUCCCGUGAUUAAAUACCGGCUGACAGUCUGCACGGGUGAUGUCAGCGGCAGCGGCACAGAUGCGUCUAUUUUCAUCAACUUGAUCGGAGACCAGGGGGACACAGGGGAGCGGCAGCUGAUCAACUGCAAGAAUAAUGUCAACAAGUUUGAGAAAGGAAACAUGGACGAGUUUAUAGUCGAGGCGGUGACCAUCGGACGGAUCCGCAGGUUGAGGAUCGGACAUGACGGGAAAGGCGGCGGAUGCGGCUGGUUUCUUGACAAAGUGAAUGUGAGAGAAGAAGGAAAGGCAGAGGCUCAUGCUGUAGAGUUUUCCUGCAGCAGGUGGCUGGACCGCAACGAGGACGAUGGACAGAUCACCAGAGAAUUAGUGCCGUUCGUAGAUGGUCAGCGUCUGUACAAUCUCGGCUAUCAGAUCGUGGUGAAGACGGGCGACAUUCCUGGAGGAAGCUCAGAUUCCAACGUGUUUGUCAAGCUUUAUGGAGAUAAGGGCGACACCGACAAGAUGAUGCUGGUGGUUUCUACCAACAACUUGGGGAACUACUUUGAGACAGGCCGUGUUGACAUCUUCACAGUGGAAACUUUUGAUAUUGGACAGAUAAACCGUCUGAUGAUUGGUCACACUAAUAAAGGGAUGCGUGCUGGUUGGUUCCUGGACAGCGUUCAGAUCGUGGUUCCGGUCCAAGGAAAGAAUUACAUGUUUCCCAGUCACCGCUGGCUUUGCAAAGACGAGGCUGAUGGGAAAACGGAGGUGGAGAUUUACCCCAGUGAGAUCCUGGAGGUGGAACAAUUGAUGAACUAUGAGGUAACCGUAGUAACAGGAGAUGUGAUGUUUGCCGGCACCAACGCCAGAGUGUUUAUCCAGAUCUACGGGGAGAAAGGCAAAACAGAAACUAUCACUCUUGAAAACAGAUCCAACAACUUUGAGCGCAACACGACUGAAAUAUUUAAGUUUGAGGCCAAAGACGUGGGAAAGAUCUUCAAAAUACGCAUUGGUCAUGAUGGUUCAGGGAUCGGAUCUGGCUGGUUCCUGGAGUCAGUCGACGUUAAGCACCUGAUUUUGACUCUGGUGCCCAAAGAAAAGAAAAAGGACGACAAGAAGAAGAAGAAGAAAAAGAAGAAAGACGAAGAGGACGAGGAUGAAGAUGGAGGAGAGGAGAUGCAGGAGGUGGUGCUUCCGUACCGUUUUCCCUGCUCACGCUGGCUGAGCAGCGGUGAGGAGGACGGAGAACUGGUGGUGGAGCUGCUGCCGGAGGACGCAGACGAGGAUCUGGAAGUCAACACCUAUGAAGUGUGUGUCUUCACGGGUGACAUGAUGGGAGCUGGGACAGAUGCCAAAGUCUAUAUUAAUAUUUAUGGGGAAAACGGAGACACUGGUGAGCGCCUCCUGAGAAACUCUGACAACCUCAACAAAUUUGAGAGAGGGCAGGAAGACGUUUUCAUCGUGACAGCUAUUGAUUUGCUCACUUUGAAAAAGCUGCGAAUCCGACAUGACAACACUGAGCCUCACUCAUCCUGGUACCUGGAUCGUGUUGAGAUAGUGGACACAAAGGAAGACAUAACGUAUUACUUCCCUUGUAACCGCUGGCUCGCAGUGGAUGAGGAUGACGGGCAGAUAGCAAGAGAGCUAGUUCCUGUUGAUGAGGCCUUUAUGAGGCAGGAUGAAGAUGAGGAGGGGACUAGCGCCACUUUGGGACUGGAGCAAAAAUCCAUGUCCACUACCUAUACUCUCAAAAUAAAAACUGGGGAAAAGAAAUAUGCUGGAACCGAUGCCAACGUUUUUGCCAUCCUGUUCGGUGAAAAAGACGAUACAGGGCUCAUCAACCUAAAGUCUUGUAAAAACUACAAGAACAAGUUUGAACAGGGGAUGAUCAACGAGUUCAUCGUGGAGGCAGUAGACCUGGGCGACCUGGAGAAGCUUCGGAUUGGACACGACAACUCAGGAGGUUCAUCCGGUUGGUUCCUAGACUGGGUUGAGGUGGACGCCCCAUCUCAGGGACAGAGACUACGUUUCCCAUGUGGCCGCUGGUUGGAUCCAGCAGAGGAUGACGGUGCCAUCGUGAGGGAUCUCUAUCCUGCUGACUUACAGACUGAAGUUUACACUCCAUUCGUGCCUUAUGAGAUCAAGAUAUUCACCAGUGAUGUGUUUGCUGCGGGGACAGACGCUGACGUGUUCAUCGUCUUGUAUGGACAAAACGGGAUGUGCACGCUGCAGAAGCACCUGUGUGUAAACAAGAGAGAGCGACGGCUUUACUUUGAGAGAGGAGCAGAGGACAUGUUUAUUGUGGAGCUGGAGGACAUUGGUGAUGUGAUAGAGAAAAUCAGGAUAGGACAUGACAACAGAGGCACCAACCCAGGGUGGCAUCUUGACAGGGUGGAGAUCAGGCGACAGCUCCGGAAAGGAAAGGGCUCAGAGACCACGAUAUUUCCGUGCGAGCGCUGGCUGGCCAAGUCUGAAGAUGAUGGAGAGACAGUGAGGGAGCUGGUCGCCUCUGACAUCAUCACCCAGAAGCUCCUCCGGGACGGGACACUAAAGACGACCGAAAUGGAGGUGGAGGAUGCUCUGGAGACUCACGGAUACAAAGUGUCGGUGCGGACAGGUGACAUGUACGGAGCAGGAACUGACGCCAACGUUUUUCUCACCAUCUACGGAGACCUGGGAGACACCGGAGAACGCAAACUUGCCAAAUCUGAGAACAACAAGAACAAGUUUGAGAGAGGAGAGGUGGACAGGUUUACAAUUGAGGCUGUGGACCUGGGGCAGGUGUUUAAGAUUCGGAUUCGUCAUGACAACACCAUGGUGGGAGCUGAUUGGUACCUGGACCAGGUGGAGGUGCAGGAUGAGGACACAGAGGAAGUUUACAUGUUCCUGUGUGAGCGCUGGCUGUCGACAAAGAAAGAGGACAAACAGAUAGACAGGAUCUUCUACAUCAAGGGGUAUGAGGGUGAAAGGAAUACUGAUCCAUAUUUUAUGAAGAUGGCCCAGUCUAGACAAGGACUCGAUAAAAAUGCCAAUAAGAAGAAAAAGAAGAAAAAGACUACAGUGGCCGAAGAAGGUCCAAUCAUUCCUUAUCACUUCACGGUGUCCACUGGGGUGGACCGGGACGGCAGCACCACAGCCAGGGUUUAUGUCAUCGUCAUCGGGCCGAACGACGCCGAGACAGACCGUCUGUGGCUGGACCUGGCAGAAGGAAAGAAAUGCUUCGCAGCUGGUGGCAUGGAGCACUUUGUGUGCUACGGAGCUGACGUAGGAGAGAUCAAGAGGGUGGAACUCGGCCAUAACGGAGUCACACCAGAGAGCUGCUGGUUGGUGGAUGAGCUGUCGGUUGCUGUGCCAACCAAAGGUAUCAAGUACAUCUUCCCAUGUAAAUGCUGGCUGGCUAAAGACAGGGGAGAUGGUUUGACUGUCAGACUGUUGAACGUGCUGGACUCCAGCACCAUCAACAUUAUCCGCAAAGUUAUUUAUUCAGUCUCGGUUGUCACAGGAGACACUCAGUAUGCAGGGACGGAUACGAACAUUUUCCUGACUGUGUACGGGGCCAACGGGAGCACAGAGGAAAUGUUGCUGCCGAAGAACGGGGAUAGGUUUGAACGUGACCAAGAAGACACGUUCACCCUGGAGAUAGAUGACAUCGCUCCUCUGAAGAAGAUCAGAGUUCGGAUUGAUGGCACUGGGAGCCGCCCAGACUGGUUUCUUGACAGGAUCCUGAUGCGGAACCUGACCACUGAGGAAGAGUAUCUGUUCACUUACGAGAACUGGCUGUCCAAGACAAAAGGACCGAAAAGGACAAAAGUGUGUGAGCUGCCAGCAGUGGUGGACGACGAAGAGAUGGUGGAAAAAACAACCUACAUCAUCCAAGUUCAGACCAGCGACAUCGGAGGUGGUGGCACCGACGCCAACGUGUUUUUGAUUGUGUUUGGGGAGUACGGCGACACCGGGAUGCUGCCGCUGAAGGAGAGCACCAACAGGAACAAGUUUGAGCGGAAAAUGAAGGACGUGUUUCGGUUUCCUGAUAUGCUCAGUCUGGGGGAGCUCUCCAAAGUCCGAGUGUGGCAUGACAACAAAGGCCCAGCGCCUGGGUGGCAUUUAGAGUACAUCGAAGUGAAAGACGAGGCCAUGGACCAGACCUUCAGGUUCCCCUGCGACCGGUGGCUGGCUAAAAAUGAUGACGAUGGGCAAAUUAUUAGGGAGCUGGCUUGUGCCAACAAUGAGUCAAUAGACCUCAGCGAUAAAACCAAAUAUGAAAUCGCCACCAUUACUGCUAACACCGGCAACGCCUCAACCUCAGAAAACGCCUGGAUUGUGUUGGAGGGAAGGAAAGCUCGCUCCAAGGAGUUUGUUCUGGAGAAUAAGAAAAAGAAGUUUUUAAGCGGUGCCACUGACACGUUUGAGUUCUCAUCCAAACACUUGGGGGAAAUCGCUGGGAUCUGCCUCGGCCACAUAACAAAAGAUGGAAAGAAAGUGAAGAAAGAAGUCUUCUGGCACGUUUUGGAGGUGGUAGUGACAGAAAAUGAGCUGGGAAACAAGUAUUUCUUUCACUGUGACGCACAAAUCCCUCUGGCAGCCAAAAAGGACCAGUUCCAAACAUUCGAGUGCUAUAAAUCCGUCGAAAGCUUUGCAAGCAAAGUUCGCAAACUGGUUCCCGUCAAGUAUGAAAUCAUCGUCAUCACCGGGGACGUGAAAGGGGCGGGAACGGACUCAAAUGUUUUCAUCACUAUCUACGGAGUCAACGGCGACUCGGGCAGGCGUCACCUCAGGCAGAAGUUCCGCAACCUCUUCGAGCGAGAGCAAACGGACCGGUUCGUCGUGGAGAUGCUCGACCUUGGAGAGCUGCUGAGGGUCAAGGUCGAGCACGAUGGGAGCAGCUGGAACUGCGGGUGGUUUUUAGAGUGUGUUGAGAUAACCAACACAGCUAACUCAGUCACAACAGUCUUCCUGUGUGGAAAGUGGCUGGAUGCUAACAAGUCUGAUGGGCAGAUACGCAGAGUGCUUUAUCCAAGAUACUAGAAGAUCAAAACAAGGGGUAGGCUUUUAAUUUACCUUUUUUACUCCUAUUUUUUACAUAAUGUUUAUUAUGAAAAAGGUCAAAGUAACUCUGUGCCAAUUGUUGAGGCUUGACUGCUUCAAACUUAAGGUAAAGCAAUAAAAAAGAAAUGAACAUCAAAGUAAACAAAACACAAUAAACAUUUAAUUUAUACUUUUA